UAUAAAAGAAAAACAAAAAGGGCUAUAACUCCUCAAAAUGUUAUAAAAAAUGCUGUUGAUGCUGUUUUAUUAGAAGGAAAAUCUAUACGAAAAACAGCCAAAGACUUUAAUAUCCCUGAAAAAAGUUUGUCCCGAUACUGCAAAAAGCAACAACGUCAUAGUCAGCAAAUAUCAGGUUACAUAAAAUCUAGACAGGUCUUUACUGAUUUACAAGAAGGUCUGUUGGAAUAAUAUGUGACUAAAGCUUCUGAUAUUUAUUAUGGACUUUCUCCUAAGGAAGUGAGGAAACUAGCUUAUCAGUAUGGAAAAGCGAAUAGCAUAAAAAUGCCUCAUAAUUGGAGUGCAAAUGAAGCAGCUGGAGAAGACUGGUUCAGUGCUUACCUCAAAAGGCACAAAAAACUGUCAAUAAGAAAACCUGAGGCAACAAGUCAAGCACGUGUUUCCAGUUUUAAUCCAACAAAUGUUCAAAAGUUUUACAACAAUUUACAAACUAUUCUUAAUCGUUUAAAGUUGGAAAAUGGAGAUAUUUGGAAUAUGGAUGAAACUGGUAUUACCACAGUUCAAACUCCAGAUCAUAUUGUAGCAAGAAAGGGUUUUAAACAAAUUGGGCGUGUUACUUCGGCUGAGAGAGGCAAUUUAGUAACUGUGGCAGUUGCUGUUUCUGCCAGUGGAAAUUCAAUUCCUCCAUUUUUCAUAUUUCCUCGUGUGAAAUUUAAAAGCUAUUUUUUAAAUGGUGCUCCUGAUGGAAGUGCAGGCGCUGCAAACCCAUCUGGUUGGAUGACUGAAGUUCAAUUUUUGCAGUUUUCCCAUCAUUUUGUCAAAUAUGCCAGAAGUACAAAAGAACGACCUGUUUUGUUGCUAUUAGACAAUCAUGACUCUCAUCUUUCAGUAGAGGCUUUAGAUUACUUUAAAGAAAAUGGGGUAUCGGUUUGUUCAUUUCCUCCUCAUUGCAGCCAUAAACUUCAACCUCUAGAUCGAAGUGUAUUUGGACCUUUUAAAAAAUACACAAACACAGCUUGCGAUGCGUGGAUGACAAUGCACCCUGGUUCCACAAUGUCUAUUUACAGUUUACCAGGUAUUGUGGGUAACUCAUUUCCAUUAGCAUGUACCCCUAAUAAUAUCAAGGCUGGUUUUGCAAAAACAGGAAUUUACCCACUAAAUGUUAACAUUUUUGGUGAACACGAUUUUAUGCCAGCCUAUACCACAGAUAGACCACCUCCGAAACAAGACUGUGCUGUGGAAAGUACAGUGCUAAAUAUAAGUAAUGUAAUGGAUGUUGACUUUACAAUAUCUGAGAAUGACAUGUUAAAUGCUGGUUGCUCAAAAGAUAUAAAACCACGUCAAGAUAUUUCAUAUUCAAGCAGUAAUGAUGAACACAGUGCAUCUACAGAGUCAACUGUAGUUCUAUCGCCUGAAGAUUUAAGACCAUUCAAAAAAGCUGAACAAAGAAAAAGAGUUAGGGCUAAUAAAAGAAGUAGAACCACAUCAAUUUUAACAGAUUCACCAAAUAUGAAUGUUUUAAAAAUAGAGAAAGAAUCAGCUAAAAAGAAAAAGUUAGCAAUUGAAGAGAGAAAACAAGCAAAAAAGUUAAACGAAGAUAAUAUUAAGAUGAGUAAAAGAUCAAAUAGUAAAGGAAGUUUACACUUAAUGGAGAAAAGUUUGAAUUGUCCAAAUAGCUCUGUUGUAGAGGAGUGUUUUUGUUUGGUUUGUGUUGGAAUGUUUUCUAAAAGUAAAGCAGGGGAAGUUUGGGUUCAAUGCACCCAAUGUCACCUUUGGGCUCACGAGUCAUGUAUAAUCGGAAAAUCUUUGUUUUUCAUUUGCAAUAAUUGCUGCUAGCCGAUUUGAAACUCCAUUAGUUAAAAAUAUUCAUGUAAUAAAACAAUAUAAGUUUUAAUUCUUAUUGUAUAACCAUAAAUUGGGAACACUGUUUUGUUUUGUCACUGUA